AGUAGGGUGGGUCCCUCACUUACACACUAUUAAUUUCUCUAAGGCAUUGUGGUUGGGAAGAGAGGAGCCAUGAACUUCCUGUUACUCCCAGAGGUUUUGGACUGUACUGUUUCUGCAGCUGCUCCCAGCUGCCAGCCCCAGGGAAAGCAGCAAGUAACUUGUCCAUGAAUUUAUUCAACUCCAGUUGAAGCUACUGCAAUUUCCUGCCUGCAGAACUUCCGAGUUUUUUUGUGACUCCUGGACCCUUCUUCAUGGAGCCCUGAACUGGCCAGAGUGUUCUGGUAAAUUGGCAAGAUGUGGAAUGGCAAAUCGAGGGAGGUGCCUUUUCCAAACCCAAGGAGCUCUCAAGGCAAGGAUGCUGUCCAAGAUAUAGCAUCAUUGGAUGCCCUUUCUCAAGCUAAGGCUACACUAAGGCACAUUGAGAACAAAUUAGAAGUCAACCCGACCAGCACAGCUGUGUUUGAUACUGUCAUGGACACCAAGAAAUCUGCUAGUACUACCAGGAAAACAACCAGAAAAGAUGGUAGGCAUCCAGAGGAUCCCUUGGUUAUUGCACCAGCUUCCAAGUCACGCGAAGAGAAAUCCUCUCGCAGUCCUCUCCGAACCACUACUCUGGAGAGCAAUGUUAAAAAGAGCAACCGUGUGGAGUUCCGUGAACCCUUGGUUUCAUACAGGGAGGCUUAUGGUGCCCCUGCUAAUCCAAGCACUAGCCAGCUGGAUGCCAAACAUUUGUUGCCCGGAUUGGAGAACAACGAAACAGAAGAAAAGCCGGAAGGAGGGAAUCUGAUGAUUUUCAACAGAGAUGAACGCGAUCUCCAUAGCCGAGAUUUUGACAGUCCUCGAUCAUCUGAAGUAAAUGACACAGUUGUGAGAUUUUUAAAUGACCGACUGGCAAUUGAUACCUUACAGAACCCAGAAUUUCACUUUAAAGCAGUAGGUCCUGUAAGGACAGAGGAAGAAAAAAUUAGUGUAUUCAAAGGAGGUGAAAAUAGCUUGAAGACCUCAGUGAGUAACAUGGGCCGAGAUGCCGACCUGAAAGGGUUACAGCUGGUUGAAUCCUCGCCAUCCUCCAUAAGUCCCUAUGGCACCCAAAGAUUAGAUAUCUUAAAGCGGCGACAGCAUGAUGCCAAACUGGAGAAACUCAAGGAACGGAUUAGGAAGCAGUGGGAGCACUCAGAAGACAUGAAUGUCAGAGAUCAACAUCUGAGACACAUUGAUCAUCCAAUAAUGAUAACCAAUGUCAACAGCUCUGUGACUGCAAAAAUCCGAAAAGUGGCAGCAGCCCCACCUGCUCCAGCAUAUAAAGGCUUCAAUCCUCCAGAAACCAAGAUUCGUACUCCUGAUGGAAAAAUAUGGAGUGAAGUGGAGUUUCAUAACAUGAGUAGAGAAUUGUAUCAGGAUUUAGCACUCCAUUUUGCAGAUAACUCAGUGAAAGAGAAGCACGCUGCAAAGAAAGAAACUUGUAAAGAAAAAAGAAUGGUUAGACCAGUGCGGAAAGUACAAAAGAUGAACCGGGCCUCAAGUCCAGAUUGCAAGCCAGGUGGUGGCCAUUUAAUAAGCACAUCUUCAUGGCGAGAUGGACAAAAAUUAGUAAAGAAGAUACUGGGUCCACCACCCAGAAUAGAACAAAGAGAACGAAGAGCAGAAUCUAGUGACCGAAGUGGAAGGGAGCGAACUGCUAAAUCUGCAAGUCACAUUGGAAGGUCAGAGUCUGAUCCUAAGUUGGAUGUUUCUCACAAAAACCGUCCCCAAAGUUCAGAACGUUCUCGGAGUAGACUGCCGGCUGAGAAUCACUUGAAGAAACUGGCUUCACCUCCUCCAGAUGGCAAAAAACAGGAGGAAGAGACUACUGUAAAUAAAAACUUUCUGCCAGUUGAGAUUCGUGGAAUUCUCGAUGAUCUACAGUUAGACUCUGUUGCUCAGUCUACGAAACAAGAAACUAAAGAAAGGCAGAACCAGAAAUCAGCUUCAUCGACCCAGGCUGCUAGGAGUCACAGUCCAGUCAAAAGGAAACCAGAUAAGUUAACAACCAGUGAAGAUCCCCCAGUCAUCUCCAAGAAGAGGCACUAUGAUACAGAUGAAGUACGCCUAUACAUUGUUAGACAGCAAGAGGAAAGGAAGAGAAGACAGAACGAAGAGAAGAAGGCACAGAAAGAAGCAACUGAACAGAAAAACAAGCGACUCCAAGAGCUUUACCGGAAGCAGAAAGAAGCAUUUACCAAAGUAAAAAAUGCGGCAUCUUCUGAACCGUCAGCAGCAAGGCGAUUGCAGGAGACUUAUUCCAAAUUACUGAUAGAGGAAGCAUUGCUGGAGGAACCAUCUUAUCAGCUCCAUGUUGCACAAGAAAUGCAGGCCAAACCAGGAUAUCAACCAUCUGGAGAAUCUGAUAAAGAGAACAAAGCACAGGAACGGCCCCCCAGUGCAUCUUCCAGCAGUGAUAUGUCUUUGUCAGAGCCUCCACAGCCCCUUGCAAGAAGUGAGUUGAUGGAGUCAGCAUGGAUACCACCUGACAGACUGAGUUCAAGAGUCCACCUCUCUCACCCACAACCCCUCGCUGGGCCAGCCGGAAGUUUAUUCUCUCAGCUUUUGGGUCUAGAACACAUGGGGAUUUUACCGAAGGACUAUGAGUCUUUUCUGUCAACCAGGAGGAAUCACAGUAUGGCUUCAGGGCCUCUACCUUUGACACCUCAGCCUUACAUGACUUCAACAGCUGUUCAGCAAGAUGCCUUGGCAAAACCUAGUACCAGUCAGUAUAAGAGUAAACUGGAUCACAUUGAAGCUCUGAAAGCAACAGCUGCUUCUUUGUCCAGCAGGAUUGAAAGCGAAGCUAAGAAAUUGGCCGGAGCCAACAUUAACUAUGGUUCAGUGUGGAGUACUGAACAUGAUGUACAGCAGAGAGCUCAGGAGGAUGGACGAUGGGCUAAGGCCGUGAGUCCCCCUGUGAAAGAAGAUAAUGAAGAUGCUUUUGCUGCCAGAAUUCAAAAGAUGUUAGGGACCUGUGUGUCUCACACAACCUUUGAUGAUAAUCUUCCUGGAGUGGGCAACCUUAGUGAGUUUAAAAAACUUCCUGAGAUGAUAAGACCACAUAGUGCCGUAUCCAGCCUCGGAAUGAGAUCUCCUGGUCCCAAAACAGAAGAACUACUAGCCCAAUUAUGUAAGAGGCAGACUGAAUAUCCUAAUUCUGACAACUCUUGUGGUCAAGAGAAAGUCAAAAUGUCUCAUGACUCCAGCACAGAUUCAAUCAGCGAAGGGCCUCUUCCUAGUGAGGGGAGCCUUUCUGAAGAAGAGGGAGGCCAGGGUGGGCAGCCUUCUCUGAAAAUAGCCGAAAUUUUGAAAGAAAAGGAUUUCUGUAUUGGGGAGAGAAAUACUAAUGAACCUAUCAAAGAGUUUCAGAAGGAGGCUGACAAAUUCCUGCCACUUUUUGGGCAGACAGGUGGCACCCAAAGCAAAGGACCGUGGGAGGAAUUGGCAAAGGGAAGUCCACAUAGUGUCAUUAAUAUUUUUGCAAAAUCAUAUCAGCAGUAUGGAAAAGGGUUUGAAGAAAGGUUGGAUGGAGGAUCUCCAGGGUUGCGGCCUUUGAUUCCCAUCACCACCCCUCCAGGAAGUGUUUCAUAUGAAGAUGACUUUGCCUCCUCUCCGGGGAGUGGAACUUUGACUGACAGAAAAGCUGCCCAAGAAGCCAGUGUUGGUAGCAGCAAUUCAAGCAUUCAAGAAGAGCCUUCCAGCAGAAAAUCUCCCUAUGAUCUUCACUGUAUGGAAACUACUCCCCAACGUUCAUCAGAGGUACAGUCAGCCACAUCUUCCCGUUCAUCAGCUUCUUCCAGAGGAAGGAGAGGGAGAAAGGAAAGGAAAGAGCGGAUAGAUUCAUGCAGUGGAAGUGCACAAAAUAUUCUCCAUGAGGAAGACCGAGCUCAGUCUGGAUCAGAUCGUGGGUCCCACCAGGGAAAGAAGUCUGUGGCCAAUCAUAAAGUUUCUAUUAGGGACUACGAGCAGAAUCCAGAUACAGAUAGCACUUUGGAAGAUCUUUCUGGGCAUUCAAUAAGUAUCUCUUCAGACAAGACAAGGUCACACAGAACCCCAACUUCUCCCUUAUCUCCAAGCUCCCAGAAACUGCUACAGUUUGAUUCUCCAGGAAGUUCAGUGGAAAGGACGAGAUCCCCAGGAAUCCUGCCUCCAGCUCCUGCAUCCAAACCCAGUGCCGCUUUCUCCAGUGUGAAUUUGGGAGCCAACAGAACAGGAGCAGCAGCAUCUACAGCUACAGGCUCCAUGCGCUUCUCUCCUGCUGGCCUUCAGCAUCGAAUGGCCGCAGAACUCAGCUACCUCAGCGUCAUCGAGGAGUCCGUACGCCAACUGUCGGAUGUAGAAAGAGUUCGAGGCAUAUCACUUGCCCAACAGGAAAGUGUCUCCCUGGCUCAGAUCCUUAAGGCACAGAAACAGCGCCAUGAGAGAGACUUGGCCCGUAUGAAACUGAAGGCUGAACAAGAGGCCUUGGUGAAUCAGAGGCAACUGGAAGAGGCUCGGCAUAAAGCAGCUCAGGUCCAUGCCGAAUCUCUUCAGCAGCUGGUUCAGUCACGACAAGAGGCAGCUGAGGCACUACAGGAAACAACGUGCAAGAUAGCAGCUCAACAGGCAGAGGCUGCUCGUCUCACCACAGAUGCAGCUCGCCAGAUCCGUGAGAUGACGGAAUUGGCACGAACCCAGAUUUCAGAUGCUCUCACUACUUCGGGAGCUCCUCUAACAACACUGUUUGACCACCAACGGCCACAUCGUUCAGAGUUCAUGAAACAGCUGAGGACCCGAGCCGAUAUAGAAAGGAAAAGUGAAUCUGGAGUUCUUUCUCAGAAUAAAGAGGAAACACUUGAAUCGAGUGCCUCCAAACAGGACCGGUAUUCCCAAUCAAUUGAUAGUUAUUCAGAUUCCUCAAGAUCCAAGAAUCAUGAUCGAAGUAGUAGCAGCAGCCGACAAGAAAGCCUUUCAGUUUCAUCUUCUAAGGAAAAUGAGAAGAAGCCUCCCCACCGUGAGAAGAUGAACAGUUCCAUUGAAGAACAAGUUCAUACUGCUAUGGACGAUUCCCUGCAGAGUGACAGCAUUCCAUCACUACCUGACGAGAAAGACUCAACUUCCAUUGCAACAGAGUAUUCCCUAAAAUUUGAUGAGUCCAUGACAGAAGAUGAGAUUGAAGAAAAAUCCUUCCGAUCUUUACUACCUUCAGAGAGCCAUCGCCGUUUUAACAUGGAAAAGAAAAGGGGCCAUCGGGAUGACUCUGAUGAGGAGGCGUCUCCUGAAAAGACUGCACUGUCAUCUGUCAAGGAACUGAGCAUGCCAUUUUCCGGAGGGCAGGAUAGUUUCUCAAAAUUUACAAUGGAGAUGGUACGGCAAUACAUGAAAGAAGAGGAAAUGAGAGCUGCUCACCAAUGUUCACUUCUGCGGCUUCGUGAGAAGGCCCUAAAGGAGAAAACGAAGGCGGAGCUAGCUUGGUUAGAGCACCAGAAGAAACAUCUACGAGAUAAAGGCGAGGAUGAUAAAAUGCCCCCUAUCCGGAAGAGGCAGCGUGGCUUGUUAUUGAGGUUGCAGCAGGAGAAGGCAGAAAUUAAGCGCCUCCAGGAAGCCAACAAGGCAGCCCGAAAGGAAAGGCAGUUGAUUCUUAAGCAACAGGAGGAGAUAGAAAGAAUUCGCCAGACCACCAUGAAACUUCAGGAGAAGCUCAAAUCUGCAGGAGAAAACAAAUCGGAGCCCCGGGGUGAGGAUGAUGUAAAGCAAAGUAAGGCUUCCAGUCCAGUUCCAACUGAUUUAGAAACUCGCAGCCCUUCCCCCAUCUCCAUCUCCAGCAGCGAAACCAGCAGCAUCAUGCAGAAACUCAAGAAAAUGCGCAGCCGCAUGGAUGAAAAACACUGCUCUCCUGUUCACUACUUCUUCUCUGUCUUUACGUCUCACCACUGGGCUUCUCUCAGUGUCUGUUUUCCCAACCUUCAUCCCAAAUUCCAGCUGUAUAUCUACAACCAGUUGGUCAGGUUUUUGACUAAAAGAGAACAGAAGCUGAUGCAGCGACGACAGCAUGCAGAGGAGUUGCUGGAGUGGAAACGUCGUUUGGAUGCAGAAGAAGCGGAAAUUCGUCGAAUGGAGAAACAAGCUUUAGCUGCCUGGGACAAAGAGCUAAUAAAACCCAAGACACCCAAGAAAGACCUGGGGGAACAGAGGACAGAACAGAAAGAAACAGCCAGUGAAGAGGAGUCUCCAUUACCCUCCUGCUCUCGUCUGAACAGUGAAAGCUCGAUCCCAGAAGAACUAGGCAGCCCCGCUGCUGAAUCUAUUCCGCCCAAGUCUCUAGCUCAAGAGCCGCUAACAAGUCCUGGACACAGUACACUGAGUGAGGAAGUGGUUUAUUCUCGGGAUUUAGAGUCUUCUACUGCCACUAACAAGCACUUGCCUUCCAAAAGCAGCACAGCUUUGUCAAAACAGGAUUCCAGCAAAGGAAGCCACCGGACUGGGGGACAGCUACGACUCCCUGCGCAGUCCCAUCAACUCUCCCACAGUUGGUCAGAUGAGUCAUUAUCCAUGACACAGUCAGAAACUACUUCAGACCAGAGUGACAUUGAAGGCAGGAUCAGAGCUUUAAAGGAUGAACUGCGGAAGAGAAAAUCCGUUGUUGAUCAGUUGAAAAAGGAACAAAGGAAGAGGCAGAAGGAGAGACUGAAAGCCCAAGAAGCUAGUUUGAUUAAACAACUAGAGUCUUACGAUGAAUUCAUCAAGAAAACGGAAGCAGAGCUGAGCCGAGAUAUAGAUACAUCACCUACAGCGAAACCUCAGAUUAAAACUCCUUCAUCAGCUACAGAAAAACCCAAGAUCAAGCCGCCUCCACUUCACAGGCCUGAGACCACAAAGAAUUGGAAAUCACUAACGGAGGCAGAACGAUCCAGAGGAUCCCUGGAGUCUAUUGCUGAGCAUGUUGAUGCUGCACUGUCAAGUUCUGAGAGGUCUUUGUCUACACAUGCCAAGAGAAUCGUUGAUGGAGAGAUCCAUGCAGAAGACCCUUCCAGGACCCCAUCCCCAAUUCUCAAGUUGUCAAGAAAAAUCAGAGCAGAAUCUGGAGAUUCCGUGGAUAAUGUGUCCUCAUCACCUGUUCUCAAAGACCUAAUAGAGAUUAGGGGAUCACCUGACGUCUUACCGUCUAGGUUGGAAGAUGAGUCUAGUCCCAAAUCUGAGAUUCAAGAGGAAGUGGACUGUGCAAAGUCAGAAGAGAGUGAGAUCAAGGACAAUUACUUUGAGCAGUUUAGAAAAUCUGAACCUUUGUUGCACCUAAAUUUGGAACAGCCCGGUUCACCUGAAGUUCUUUCCAAGAGAGAGCUUGAUUUGGACUCUGAAAAUACUCAAAAGGAUUUGCUUAGCUUGUCAGUUGAAAAUCUUCAGAAGAAAGAGGAAAUGCCAAAGGAGGGUCAUGCAGACCAAUACAAUGAACCCAGCGAUCACAGCAUCAUCAGGUCAGAUAAGUCCUCUCUUAGGCAGAAGAAGACACAGGAAAAAGACAUUUCUUUUUCAGAGCAAACUUCUGAUCUUCAAGAGGUGUCAUACUCAGAAGACUUUGAGGUGUCCUCCCCCCAAAAAGAAGUAUCAAUUGAAGGAAUACCCGAUGAAUUGUAUAAAGAUGACUUUGAUGAGUCAUCUGUGACAUCACCUGGAAAAGAAUGUCAGUCACCGAGAGAUAAUUCACAGCAACUUAGGAGCUGCAAAAGUAGAGCCACUGACUUUGGCAGUGAUGAUGAAAUCAGCGAAUGUCUUAGUGGGAAAAGCCUAUCUGUUUCGGGCAGUGUCCAUUCAGAUAAGCUAUUAGAGCUCAAGUCCCCUACAGAGCUUAUAAAAUGUGAAGAACGUAAUGAUGUAGAAAAUGAACCACAUGCCCCUGAAUUACCACCAUGGGCUUCAGCUUCUGUUGCAGAAAAUGAUGUGUUGCCAAAUUUUCACCUUGGUGACAGGGUCCUAAUCAGUAAUGUCCAGCCUGGAACUUUGCGCUUCAAGGGUCUGACCUACUUUGCUAAGGGAUUUUGGGCUGGGGUAGAAUUGGAUAAACCUGAAGGAAAUAACAAUGGGACCUAUGAUGGCAUCACAUACUUUGAAUGUAAAGAAAAGCAUGGUAUUUUUGCUCCUCCUCAGAAAAUCUCUCACAUUCCGGAAAGUUUCGAUAAGAGUGAAGACGAGGACUUCCUCUUUGUUGAACAACAGAGUCGAGAUCAUGAACGGAGAGACAUAGCUGAGAUAGGAAGGGUUAUAAUUGAAAAUUCCCAGGAAAGGUCUCCAACUAGUCAAUCUGUAGGAGAAGCUGUGUCUGAGGGACGCAACAAGAUAGACUCUGGAUCUGAAACGGAACAUGUUCAGAAAAUUGCCCCAGAGAUCGUGUCCCACCAGGCAGUCAAUAACCUGAUUUGCCCCCCAAAUGAUAAAAAUGUUCUUGAUCUCUUUGUUUCUGGCGCAGUAGAAAAGGUUUCUUCUGCUGCAGUGGAAGAUAUUUUUGAUAGCCUCCUCUCUGAGGAACUGAAGAGGCUCAGAAAAGCUCCAAUUGAAGAGAGUCCUCCUGAAGUUGGUAAAAAAUCCUCAACCCCACUUCUGGACCUUUUGACCAAAGAAAAGAAUCAACUGGAAGCUCAGCUGAAGUCAUCGCUGAGUUUGGAGGAAAAGUCAAAACAUCAACUUGAGGCUGUCAGCUUACUGACAGAUAGCCUUCUCAAGGCCUUUGUAAAGGAUACCGUCAACCAGCUGCAACAGAUCAAGAAAGCUCGAAAUGAGAAAAUCCAGCUUAGCAAUCAGGAGCUGCAUAACGAGCAAGAGAAGACGUCACGAGUUUUAUCUCAACAUCAUGACGAGCAGUCACCUCUUGUAAAGGACACAGUCAAUCGACUGCAACAGAUCCAAAAAGUCCAAAAUGAGAUCCCCCAACUUAGCAAUCAGGACCUCCGUGAUGAUGUCCAAGAGGAGAAGACAACCCACGUUCCAGCCCAGCAUCCUGAAGAGCAAUUACCUCCUGACCCGCAGCACCUUCUUGUAAGCGCUGAACUGGAAGAUGAACGAGAAGAGGUUUCUUCUCCAGAUAUGUGUCUCAGACCAGAGAGUCCCGUCUUUGGUGCCAGUGGGCAAGAAGAACUUGCUAAGAGACUUGCUGAGCUUGAAAUUAGUCGGGAGUUUCCGAGCGUAUUAGGAGACGAGCAGGACUGGUUUGAAGAGGACUUUGGCUUGAACUCCUCCCAAAAGGUACUAAAGGCAGAAGAGCCGGCUGUGCCACCAAAGUCAGAAACGCAGAAAGUGCCCCCCAAACCGUGCGAGGACCUGUCAGCUGUGCCACAUUCUGCAGAGGAAGUAGAACAACUGGUGCUUGUUGCAACUGAAGCGCUUUGGAAUUGGAAAGAAUUGGGCCACGACUUGAACAGCCUCGGCAUCCCUCCCAGGCUGCUGGGUGAUGCCGUUGACGGUCAGGACCUGGAAAGCACUAGUAUGAGGGCCUACAAAAAGGCAGCCUUUGAUUUGACCAAGGAGAUUUUGGGGGAAAUAGUGGCAGAAGAUCCCAAUCUGGAUCAGCCCAUCUGGAUGAAGCCCCGGAGGAUCAACUCAUCUUAUUUCCGACGAGUGAAAAAUCCAAAUGACCUCGAGGAGAUUAAGAGCUUCAUUGCAGCUGAAGUUCUCAAGCUGUUCGGUCUUAAAAAAGAGCCCAACCUAAAGACAGAUUGGCAGAAAAUGAUGAAAUUUGGACGGAAGAAACGAGACAGAGUCGAUCAUAUCUUGGUACAAGAGCUCCACGAGGAAGAGGCUCAGUGGGUCAACUAUGACGAGGAUGAACUCUGUGUGAAGAUGCAACUGGCUGAUGGGAUCUUUGAGGCCUUGAUCAAAGAUACUAUUGACGUUUUGAAUCAGAUCAGUGAAAAACGGAAGAGAAUGCUGCUAGUGUGACAUCUUGUAGAUAAACCGCAAAUUGUAUUUUAGGCCUGAUGUACACUACAUCUUCAUCUUAGCGAGAAUGCUGCUGGACUUUAUACUGUAUGUAUUUUUUAAGGAAAAUUUACGGAAUUCAAGGAGCACUCUGUUAUAUCUAAUCUUUCAGCCUUUGCCUUUGCCUUUAAAAACCGAUCACUGCAUGGGUUGUUUCUGGUGGACAGGAUGUUUCUACCACGCUUCCUUACAGGGUUUCACAUUAGGGCUGGAAACACCAGGCUUACCUCAUAGCACAGAUUAGAGUACCAGUGACUCGGUCUAGAACCCGAGGUCGAUAGAUAUUCCAUCGUAUCACUUUUGGAAUCUAGACCGGUUUAGAUUAUAAAAAAGACUUUUGAUAUUUAAACAGUGUUAAAUGCUGAACCACCUCCUAAUGGGCAGAGCAAACGGUGUGUAUCAGUUUUAAUUCCUUCCGAAGCCCAUUUUCUUACAUUCAGCUUGGUAGCCCACUAGCGGAUGAUGAAGUUAAAGGAGGAGACGACGACUCGCUUUCUAGGAUCCAGUUCAGGAAGCUUGGGGCUGUGUAUCCUUUCUGGUUUUAUUCAACUUGGAGUAAAAGCACAGAAAUGCCCUUCAGAGAUUGGGUUCAGAGGAUUGACCCAAAGCCAACUCCUCUGCCCCCUUAGUCCACCCUCUCCCUUUUCUUUCUCCUCCUGCCUGCUACACCACCAGCUGCUCCAAGAGCCAUGGCUACUCAGGAGGGUCUCAGGCACCCAGAUGGGCAGAUAGGGAACUCGCUCAUUUUGGCCUUCAGUCCAUUGCAUUCUCCUGUCUCCACCCAAGAAAUCAUAAGGCUGUGUCUUGAAUGAUGUAGGAAAUGAGUGGAAGAACCAAAGACAAAAAAGUAAUGUCCAGAUAUGUGUUUGUAUUGUGCUUGUGGAACUUUUAUUUAUUUUUCAGAUAAAUUAUUGUUAGAAAUGUGUCCUAUGCCAGCGGUUGCUGACGCUGCCUUAGGCAUAAAAACAGCAGAACCUGUGAAAGGUACAUACUUCAUUAAGUAGUUGAAACUUCCGCCCUGAAAACUUCUGUGGCCCUUAGCCUUUGCAGGGGAAAAUCGUGGCAGGAAGAGAAUCCAGGUACAGUGGUAGAAGGAGGAGAUCAAUGUGCAAAUGAAGGAGGGGAAUGAGAGGGAUUAUACCAAGCCAAGUGACACCAUACAUGGACUGGAAGAUGUGAUUUGAAAAUAUGGGAAAAGGUGUAGUUCUGCCAUUCUAUUUUAUGCCCCACCACCGUUUCCUGUUUUUGGAGGCUUUCUCUUGAGCUCGGCUGCUACAUUUGAGUGUGACUGGUGCUGUCCUGUGACCUUAGCACCCUGCCUUUUGGCUGGUUUUGUUUCGGUCCUAUCCUCUUUCUUGAUGAUCAGUUAGGGUGGGACACGGAGGAAAGUGGAUGCUCUUAGGCUUGACUGUUGGUGCCUUAAUAUUGAAGGUCCUGAAUUAUGAGCUUGUCAAGAGACCUCAAGUAGAUUCAUAUUUGAGAGCAGCAGCAAAGAGUGCUAUGUACUCCAAAGAUGCUGCAGCCUUCAACAUGUGCAUGGAAAUGUAUUCCUUCAUCUUUUCCCUGCCUUUAUUUGCUUCUCCAUUGUUCCACGAUGCACAUGUCCAAGAUAGCUGCAUUACAGUCCUCUUUUGUUCCAUCUGUUGUUUGAGAGCACUUCUGAUGUGAUCGUUGGAAUCUCUGCAUUUUGCACAAGGACAGGAAAAUGGUAGUUCUUGAAAUCAAGACAGCAUUAAGGUGUUGCACCUCAUUUCUUAGCUUUUAAGGAGAAACCAGGGACAUCGAGCCAUAAUAAUCAAAUAGAAGAAACACGGGUUACUCUAGAUGUCUGAUAGGAUUACCUUUCUAGAGAUAUUGGAUGGUCAAAGGAUUUGAGUAUUCAUUUUGCCUUUUUUUUCUCCCCUGAAGACAAGGCAGGAGGUGGUAGAAGGCAGACAUUUACAUUGUCCACGGAGCCCAAAUUCUCUCUUCCUGGACUUAAAUCCCUGUCCCAAAAAAAAAAAGAGUAUUGCAGAAUCCCAGAAGAGAAACAUGGAGAGAUCAAUGGAUGAGUGUACUGUGGGUCAAUCAGAACCAGUAGUAAGACAGUUGGUUAAUUUAGUACCAACCUACAUCAGCCUUAAUGCUGAGUUCUGUGUUCUAGGUGGAUGGAGGGGAAGUACUGAUUGCAUUCUUUAGUGAAAUCCCACCUUAGUCUAAGCAGUAAACCAGAAUUGAGCAAGCAUGAAUAAUGAAGAAUGAAUUGUGAGAAUAUCUCUUUACCUCCUUCAGUCCUCCCUCCUUUUCCUUCUCUCUCCCCUUUUCGUACCUCCUACUACAAAUGAAUAAAUCUGAAUUCAACUUUGGAGAAUAGCCCCCUUAAUUGAUGGUUUAAAGGACAUGGAGAUCCCGGCAAUUCCUCCUAAGACUAGAAAGAAAUGGGCCAUCCAGCAUGGGUAGCUAUGGAUUUUGUUAAUAUAAGGGUGUGAAUCCCCUUUUCAGGAUAGAAAAACAGUGGGUCCAUCAGGAAAGAUGAGAGAAGCAGAAAAGUAGUAAGAGGGUGAUUUUUGGACUCAACCAAAAACAAAAUACUACAGAUUUGAGACAUUCUCUUGAAGUUUUUUUGUUGCUUUUUUUUUUUUUUACUUUAAUCUUGCUCACUUUCUUUUCUUGAAAAAGUGGCCUUAGCUUCUUGCAAUACUUGAAUAAAGAGUGUACAGUACCUGCAAAAGAAUUUCUGUAGCACAGCAUAGAGACCAUUAAAAUAACUUUUUCCUGCAAAGAACUCAGUGAAGUUCAAGACUGUCAAUGUCCCUUUUGCUAUUUCAAUAAUACUAGUGAAUUAACUGUUAUUCAGACUGAAUAUUAAAAUGGUGUUUAAUGCAAACUGUAGGAAUUUACAUGUUUACAGAUCAUCCGGAAUUGAUAGUGCAGUAACUGAAGGGAAUUUGCACUUAUAAAAUUGGAAGCAGAAAAUAUAAACAGUUGUAAAAGGGAUACUGUCAUUUAAAGUAACAUAUUGAAUAGCUUUCCCUUUUUGACUCUGCAAAACCUUUUUGGUAGACAUUUGCAAAGUCUCCUUAGGGGGGCCUGGCCUCCUGGUGUGUACUGUAUUGCGCAGAUAUUAUAAAAACAAAAACCCGUUUACUGUGUGUGUGUAAAUAGGCUGGCUUUCAGGCCAUUUGCAGCCAAGGAUCACAUCCAGUGCAGCUUUGCACAGCCGACUGAAGGGUGUGUUUUGUAAGUAUGAAUUGUAAAAUAACCAGGGGGAUACCCUGUGUACACCAGUGUAAAUAUCUUUGUUAACUGAAAUGUACUUUAAGAGAAAAUAAAAUCUGUAAAUAAACUGAUUUAUAAAUUAA